GUUCAGGUGGAGAAUAGUGUUAUCCCGGCGGUGUAUUAUUUUACAACAAAAUCCAACUUCUACAAAGAAAUCCACGACUACCAGAGGUAAAUACGAGGGGGCGGUUCGUUGACCACCAUCUUGGGUCGACAUUCGUCUUUUUAACUGGUAUUUGACAGCCAGAGUCGGGUUGACAGUUAUUAGCUCACAGUAGCUAACUUGUCCCUACCCAGCUGCCUCAGCGCUGCAUGUGCGGCAAUAACAUGUCAGUGCCUUUACCUGCCAUUGUGCCUGCUGCCCGGAAAGCAACUGCGGCGGUGAUAUUUCUGCAUGGCCUUGGUGAUACUGGGCAUGGCUGGGCAGAAGGUUUCGCAGGCAUCAGGUUGCCACAUGUGAAAUACAUCUGUCCACACGCUCCCACCAUGCCUGUUUCUUUGAACAUGAGAAUGUCCAUGCCUUCUUGGUUUGAUAUCUACGGCUUGAGCCCAGAUGCAAGUGAAGAUGAGGCUGGUAUUAAAAGAGCGUCGGAGAACCUUAAAGCCUUGAUAGACCAAGAAGUGAAAAAUGGAAUACCGUCACACAGAAUCCUCCUGGGUGGAUUUUCACAGGGCGGAGCGUUGUCUCUCUACACGGCUUUGACAACGCAGCAGAAGCUAGCUGGAGUAGUCGCUCUGAGCUGCUGGCUUCCUCUCCGCAGUUCCUUCCCUCAGGCGUCUGCCACCAGUGUUAACAAGGACAUGCACGUCCUCCAGUGCCACGGAGAUGCCGACCCCCUGGUGCCAUUUGCGUUUGGCAGCCAGACGGCGGAGAAGAUGAAAAGCCUCAUCAAUCCAAACAACAUCACCUUCAAGUCGUACCGGGGUCUCCCUCACAGCGCCUGUCCAGAGGAAAUGGUGGAUGUGAAACGAUUCAUAGAGAAGCAGCUUCCUCCCAUCAGCGAUGUAUGAACUCGGGAGCAGCCGCACAACCGCACAGCGCCAUCGGGGUCCUUUUGGGCUCGACCCCGGCGAGACUCUGGGGGACACGAGGAACCACUGACUUACUUGACUAUAAAACCACGCUGCUACUUAUUAAAGCCAGACAGGACUGGACCUUCAUGUACACCGGAGAAGCAUAACGAUAAACAAUAUUGUCUCCUGACCUGGAGCCACACACACCCCUCAGUGUUAGAGUAACAGUAGUUGCUUGAUUUUAAAGCUGCUUGCCUUUGAGACAAGCCAUUUCUUCCAGGAAUCAUAUGUAUUGGAAUAACUAGGGCUAUACUUUAUGGUUUAAUACUGACUAUCUCACAAUAAAUGGCCUGUUGAUUAAUGCCCUUUUUUUAUUAAUGGAGCCUAUGUGUAAUAAUGCUAAAACAAGUUAUUAGUCGAUAAAUUUACUCAUUUAUUUAAAGCAUUAAAACAUUUCUUGAUUCCA